UCUCCUAUUUAAAGGGGGAAAAAAACCAUAUUAUGGGUUCUUUCUCUUUGAAAGCGGCGGCGCAUGUGGUGUUUGUGGUUGUUCUGGGAAUUGUUCUUCCGCUGCAAACGGCGGAGGGCUUCACCGGCGGCAAGGAGCAGAGGGAAUUUGACUACUUUGUAUUGGCUCUACAAUGGCCAGCAGCUUUAUGCAGAAACAUUACCGUAUGUUGCCCCACCAACGCUUGCUGCCGCGGAGCAGACUCUCCCACUGAAUUUACAAUCCAUGGGCUGUGGCCUCAGUACGAAGGGAAAGGAUGGCCUUCAUGUUGUACUAAUGAAACCUUUAACGAAAAUGAGAUUAGUUCAUUGUUUGAGGAUCUUGACAAAUAUUGGCCAAGCUAUAGGUGUGGUCUUGUUGGCAGUUGUGAUAGCAGAAAAGGAUCAUUUUGGGCUCACCAGUAUGAGAAGCAUGGAACCUGUGGAACUCCUGUAAUCUUACAAGAAUAUGAUUACUUCUUGACAACUCUCACCCUUUUCUUCAAGUAUAAUGUCACUAAAGCUCUGGAGAAUGCUGAAAUUAUAGCUUCGGAUAUCAAAAAGUAUCCUAUUCAAGAUGUGGUUAAUGCAGUUCACUUAGCUUUCAAAGCAAAUCCAAAGCUUGCAUGUGCUAAAAGGGGGAUUAUUAAGGAAAUUUAUCUAUGCUUUGAUAAACAAUUCAAGCUACGUGAUUGUGAUGCUACAAAAUCAUGUCCGAAAGCUGUUAAGCUCCCUGAAUUCCAUGACCCACAGGCUUUCAAUCUCUGGCGCAUUACGACCCAGAGAUUGAAAGAACGUUCCGACAAAGACUGAGAGAUAGCCGCCAAUAACAACAACUAGAGAAGGAUAACAUGGCAGAACAACCUGGAAAUGGAGCACCAAAUGAAAACAAUGUCAUGGUGAAUCCCAUCCUAUUGGCGAACGAUCACAAUAGGCCCAUUGGGGACUAUGUGUCGCCCAACCUCUACGAUUUCUCCCCAAGAAUCAUGAGGCCCACUCUUGAUGGAUCGAGAUUCGAAAUGAAACCGGUGAUGCUGCAGAUGAUCGAGACUGUUGGACAGUUUGGAGGGAGGCAUGGCGAUGACCUGCACGCCCACCUUCGGAGCGUCAUAGAAAUCUGCAACACUUUUGUGUUCCCGAAUAUCUCCACCGAGGAAGUUCGACUAACAUUGUUUCCAUUUUCGUUGUGUGACCAGGCACGAAAAUGGGCAUACUCUCUCGAACCGAGAGAGAUUACCUCGUGGGAGCAAGUAGUAGAGAAGUUUAUGAAGAAAUAUUUUCCACCAAUGGAGAAUUCCAGAAGAAGGAAGUUAAUAAUCAAUUUUGAACAAGACAUGGAUGAAUCGCUCAACGAUGCUUGGGCAAGGUUUAAGAGGUUGGUAAGAGACUACCCGCACAACGGAUUACCAAACUGCUUAUAGAUGGAGAUCUCUUAUCACAGAUUAUACCCUGCUUCACAGACCGCUACCAAUGUGGCAGCCGCUGGAGGUCUACUAGAUAAAACUUAUGAUGAGGCCAAGAACAUCCUUGAUCGCAUUUCUAAAAACCACGAGGACUGGAGAGAAAGCGAUCAAAGAUUGAUAAUAAAGGAUAGUGACACAAACAAUGGUGCUAUCACAUCCCUUCAGAGUCAGAUGACUGCGAUGAUGAACUUGAUAUAGGGAAUCGCAAUCAAUAGCCCAACAACGCAUAGUGGGCAAGUGAACGCAAUCAACCAGACGACCGCAAGGUGUGCUACUUGUGGUGAAGGACGUGCAAUGGAGGAAUGCCCGCAAACCCACAGUCAAUUUAUUUUGUGAAAAACAACCCAUUUUCCAACACUUACAACCUCGGGUGGAGAAACCACCCCAACUUUGCGUGGAAAAAGCAGCAGAAGAAUUUCCAAUCAGUGGCACAAAAAGAAGGGCCACCCGGAUUUUUUCCGUGAACCAACGGUCAGACGAGUAAUCAAGCCAGUAGUUCGCAGGUGCCACAAUCUUCCUCUUUGGAAAGUUUGUUGAAGCAAUAUAUUGAAAAGAACGAACCUGUGCUUCAAAACCAAGCGAUAUCCAUCCGCAACCUGGAAAUACAGAUAGGCCAGAUUGCAGGUGAACUCAAGAAUUGACCAUAAAGGGUCUUGCCAAGUUCAACGGAACUCCCAUGCAACCCAGGGGGUACGGGUAAAGAGCAAUGUCAAGUCGUGACGUUGCCGAGUUGAAAGACUGUGGCAAGGGAGAAGAAAGAGCCUAGCCGGACUGCUCCAUUUGCGCUGGAACCAGAGAUUGCGGUGACUCGAGAAGAAACAGAGGAAAAAGAAGCGAUGAAACCUGAGAUUGCAUCCACCUCGGAGCCAAAAGAACAAGGGACCGUAAGAAUUCAGUUGUCACCAUUCCCAGAGACUUAGAAAGAAGAAAAUUGACGAGGUACAGUAUCAACGCUUCAUGAAUAUGUUAAAAUAAUUGCAUAACAUUCCAUUCACUGAAGCAAUUGAAGAGAUGCCUGCAUAUGCGAAAUUUCUAAAUACGAAGUUUCUAAAGGAUAUGGUGACAAAGAAGAUAGGCACUGGUAAGUUUGCCAUGGUGGCUUUGACGUAAAGCUCAAAAUCUAUAAUCCCACUAAAAAUGCGCGACCCUGGGAGUUCCACUAUACCUUGCUCCAUUGGAAGAUUGUACAUCGGGAGAGCGCUAUGCGAUCUUUGAGCCAGCAUUAACCUGAUGCCUUUGUCAAUUUUCAAGCAGCUAAAUGUGGGGCAACUUGCGCCUAUGACAGUGACUCUCUAAUUAGCGGAUAGAUCUCUGGUGCAUCCAGAGGGGAAGGUGAAGGACAUAUUGGUUACAAUUGACAAAUUUAUAUUGCCAGCAGACUUCAUCAUUUUGGAUUAUGAAGCAGACAAAGAUAUGCCCAUCAUCCUGAGGCGACCAUUUUUAUCACGGUCGUGCCCAGAUUGAUGUGCACAAAGGAGAGAUCACCUUGAGCGUGAAUGGACAAAAGCUCAAGUUUGACAUUAUCCGUGCCAUGAAAUAUCCUGAUGAAGAAGACCUUAAUGAAUCUGACGAUGAACAGAGUUUGAAUGAAGAAGAGAAGCCUGAAGAUGAAAACGAAGAUGCAUCCGUUGUUGCAUGUAAUUGGAUCACGAAAAAAAAACAAACAAGGAAGAUGAAAUGAUAGCAACCCAAGAAGAUAAUCUGACAGUGAAUGAAGAAAGAAAAACAACGCAACUAUCCUUAAAACAACCACCAACAAUAGAGCUAAAGACUCUUCCUAACCACUUGAAGUAUGCGUUUCUGGGGCAAAACGAAAAGCUACCGGUAUUCAUUUCCUUUGCACUUAAUGAAAACCAAGAAAAUGGCUGCUGAGCAUUCUGAGAAAAUAUGUAAAAGCAAUUGACUGGACACUUACAGACAUUCGAGGAAUUAGCCCCGCAUACUGUAUGCAUAGAAUUCGUCUCGAAGAGAAUCACAAAAGAUCGAUCGAACAUUAGUACAGCCGUAAAGAAGGAGAUAAUCAAGUGGUUAGACGCGGGCAUCAUCUAUCCAAUAGCAGACAUCACGUAGGUCAGCCUAGUGUAGUGCGUACCGAAGAAAGAAGGGAUGACGGUAGUCCCUAACGUAAAUAACGAGUGAUACCGCAAAGAACCGUCACCAGAUGGCGGAUUUGCAUGGACUACCGCAAACUAAAUGCGGCAACAAAGAAGGAUCAUUUCCUGUUACCUUUUAUUGACCAAAUGCUGGAUCGUCUAGCUAGAAAUGACUUCUACUAGUUCUUGGAUGGGUAUGCCGGUUAUAACCAGAUCAUGAUCGCUCCUGAAGAUCAAGAAAAGACCACAUUCACCUGCCCGUAUGGAACAUUUUCUUUUCGUCGCAUGUCGUUCGGCCUCUGCAAUGCGUCGAGCACUUUCCAAAGGUGUAUGAUGGCCAUCUUUUCGGAAUAUCUCGAAGUCUCUGUGAAAUAUUCAUGGACGACUUCUCUGUAUAUGGCCACAUAUACAAAGUCUGUCUUGACAACUUGGAGAAGAUAUUGAAAAUAUGUGAGGAGACAAACCUCGUGCUUAAUUGGGAGAAAUUUCAUUUCAUGGUGAAGGAGGGCAUUGUGCUGGGGCACAAGGUCUCGAAGGACGGGUUGAAGGUGGACAAGGCAAAAAUUGAAGCGAUUAAAAAACUCCCACCUCCAACAAGUGUAAAACUGUCAGGAGCUUCUUGGGACAUGCUGGAUUUUACAGACGUUUUGUCAAGGACUUUUCAAAGAUAGCAUGACCGCUGAGUGCGUUGAUGGAGGCCGAUAGAAAAUUUGACUUUGAUGACAAUUGCCACAAUGCAUUCAUAAUUUUGAAGAAUGCAUUAACGACCACGCCCGUGUUGAUCGCACCAGAUUGGACACUUCCCUUUGAAUUAAUGUGCGACGCAAGCG